AUGUCUCACCGAAUAAGAAUUUCGCAAAACCCGCCGCUCGACACGCUGGACGCGCGGCUGAGUCUGGUGUCGGCAGACUCGGUGGCGACGAACGAACGGCUUCUGGACAAAUUGGGUCUUCCAGAUGAGGACUACGAGAGUUUCGAACUAGAGCAUGAGGCCAGAAACUACGAACCUGCCAGCCAGUUCCAAUCGCUAAAGCCGUUCUGGUACGAGCAAAAACAAAAAGACGUCGACACAACGCUGGACUCGGACUCGCACAGUUUCGACCUGGGCGACGACGUUGUCGAGGACCGUCCAAUUCUCAAGCAGCCACAACACAGACGAAUAGCUUCGAGGGAAGAAUAUUACGUGAGCAGCCAUUACCUGCAACAGACGCCAAUAGACGCCACGCCGACAAGCCAGCGCACGUUCCACUUCCGCUCGGAGUCCAACACGAACGACUCUGCGCGGUUCCGCCCCUUAUCGCCUCCUCCAUCUGCCGAUGCAGCACCAGACGCAAUGGCCGAGCCUUUAAGAUCGCCAUCAUUUAUCAAGUCACACGGGUCGACAGGCUCAGGGUCGUCGCUGUCAUCGCUAAUAAAGUCGCCGUUGAAGGCCUUCCGCGGGAAACAGCCCUCCACACCAGACUUGCAAGACCAGGGGCUAUCCCAGCAUUUCCAUUCUCUGGAAAACGCCCAGGAAAUGCUUUCUUACGGGCUUGGUCUGCGCAAUGGAGACGAGAAGUCUCUUGCCCAAAGCUUCGUCUGGAUAUGCAAGGCUGGAGCAGUGGACAUGAAUCACAAAUACAGCUUCCACAUCGACCCACGGAAGCUUGUUCUUCGUCCGCCAGUGCAUCCGCAGUGCAUCAUAUACUAUGAGGUUGGCCGUGCGCUCGUACAUGGGUGGGGGUGCACAAAAGACCUCAGCCAGGGACUCGAGUUUUUGGAGCUGGCUGCCUCGUUUGGUAGCAUCGACGCUAUGGAGCUCUCAGCGGAUAUUACAAAGAAGCAGCGCUCCAAAGCAUGGAGGAAGCUCGCAGAAGACGCUAGGCGUCUUGGUCAUAGCCUGUGA